UGAGAAUCUCUCGUUGUCUCAGCUUGGGCCGAUGCUGUUCUCUGCCACGGCUCUCGUGUCCGGCCUGAAUGUCGGCCCCCGCGCUGGCACGAUCACCAUGCAGACCAAGACCGUCACGCCGCUGCCGGCGUCGGUCAAGCCGGGCGUCGUGACGGGCGAGGCGCUCUGGGACCUGCUGCAGCACGCCAAGGAGAACAAGUACGCCAUCCCGGCGGUGAACGUUGUGUCCUCGUGCUCGAUCUCGUCCUGCCUCGAGGCGGCUGCCAAGUACGGCGGCCCGAUGAUCGUCCAGUUCUCUCGCGGCGGCGGCCAGUUCAUCGCCGGCAAGGCGGCGGACAACGCGGACGACGCCGCCUGCAUCGCGGGCUCGGUCGCCGGCGCGCUCCACGUGCGCCAGGUGGCGGAGCUGUACGGCGUGCCGGUGAUCCUUCACACGGACCACUGCCAGCGCUCGUGGCUGCCGUGGUUCGACGGCCUGAUGGAUGCGAACGAGAAGUACUUCAAGGCCAACGGCGAGCCGCUCUUCUCGUCGCACAUGCUGGACCUGUCCGAGGAGCCGCUCGAGGAGAACGUGGGCACUUGCAAGGAGUACCUGCAGCGCAUGGCCAAGUGCAACAUCCUGCUGGAGAUGGAGCUCGGCGUCACCGGCGGCGAGGAGGACGGCGUCGACAACACGGACAUCGACUCGUCGCGGCUGUACACGCAGCCCGAGGAGGUCUGGGAGGUGUACCAGCAGCUGUCGUCGGUGCCCAACGGCCGCUUCACGGUGGCCGCCGCCUUCGGCAACGUGCACGGCGUCUACGCGCCCGGCAACGUCGACCUCCAGCCGCAGAUUCUGCACAACACGCAGAAGUACAUCUCGGAGAAGCUCGGCGACGGCGACCCCAAGCCGACCUGCUUCGUCUUCCACGGCGGCAGCGGCUCGUCGCGGGAGGACAUCCGCUACGCGAUCGAGGCGGGCACCAUCAAGAUGAACAUCGACACCGACACACAGUGGGCCUUCUGGGACGGCGUGCGCGAGUACGAGGCCAAGUACCACGACUACCUGCAGGGCCAGAUUGGCAACCCCGAGGGCGAGACCAAGCCCAACAAGAAGUACUACGACCCCCGCAUGGCGCUGCGCUCGGGCGAGGAGGCCAUGGCCAAGCGCCUGUGCGAGGCGGCCGAGGACCUCAACUGCAUCGACGUCCUCAACUGGAGCAAGUAGAUUGGCCACCACCGAGCAACACACACACACACAUCUCGCGACUACUGGGAAACCCUUUGCAGCGGCCAGGAUGUACCGCCCCUUCCACACGCCCCCCGCCCCCCUCCACCGGCCCCGGUCCGGCUCGCGGUCCACCCCACACCGGGGCGACGCCGCAGCCGUUCCCGUGGGACCGCGCCGGAGGGAGUGUUUGCGGAGGAUGGCAUUCUGAGGGGCGGGCCUAUCGAUGCGCUUCGUAGCAGAGUGUUGAGCGUCUUGUAGGAGUUUUCUACCCAUGAUUUGUCGACCGAAGAUGAUUUGCCUGCAC